UGGGCUUCUGCUGGAGCGGGGAGUGUGGCGGCAGGCCUUGGUGGGCAGGUCAUUUCAUGCCCUGCCAUGCUGGUUGGGUGGGCCCCAUUGUGCCGCUCUGCAUCUACGGCUUCUGCUCCAUGAUGAGGCCCAUAGAGCCCUUCAUGACAGAGUUUCUCACGGGGACCUACAAGAAUCUCACCACCGAGCAGGUGACUAGACAGUUGUAUCCUGUGUUGACUUACUCCAGCCUGAUUCUCCUCAUCCCGAUCCUCCUGGUGACAGACUUCCUCAGGUACAAGCCCGUAAUCGUCCUCCAGGGGUUCAGCCAAGUCGCGGCGUCUCUGCUGAUACUAGUCGGCUCGGGGGUCCCCGCGGCCCAGUGGGCCUUCUUCAGCACCAGCUUUGCCAUGGCCGCAGAUGUGGCCUAUUUCUCCUACAUUUACAGUAUGGUGGAUCCUCGCUUGUAUCAGAGAGUGACCAGUUAUGUCAGAGGGGCCAUGUUGCUGGGCUAUGCCGUGGGCGCUCUGCUGGGUCAACUGCUCGUGUCUUUCGGUGGGGUGUCCUUGUACUGCUUAGCUGUUGUGACUCUCACCUCUGUCUCCAUAGCACUGAUAACCUCCCUUUUCCUGCCCAUGCCUGAGGCUAGUUUAUUUAUCCAUGGGACGUAUUCUGCACAACAGGGCAGCUCAGUUGCAGACAUGUGCGACUCUGAAGGCCGAGACUUUACCACGUGGGCGAAGAGCGUGAGGCACGUAAAGAGGAUGUUGUGGAGACUCGUGUUGGACUGCAAGACAUGUUAUUCGUCGAUGGCCGUGCUCUUCUUCUGCAUCUGGUCAGCUAUGGGGAGAUGCGGCUUUUACCAGGUGGCAGGGUACGUCCAGCUCCUCUGGGUACACGUGCAGCCCCACAACUUCACAGCCUACAAUGGAGGGGUGGACGGCCUCAGCACACUGUCCGGAGCUGCAGCGACUGUCGCCGUGGGACACAUGUCUCUGGAGUGGUCCGUGUGGGGGGAACUGGUCCUGGGGGCUUUCACGUUCCUGAUCGCAGGGGCCAUAUUCCUCAUGGAUGUGACUGACAACAUCUGGAUCAGCUACUUGUGCUUCUUCUUCUUCAAAACGUUGUACAUGAUACUCACAACCAUCUGCACUUUUCAGAUAGCCAAGAUGCUGAACAGGGAGCGCUACGCGUUGGUACUCGGCAUGAACAGUUUUGUGGGCACAAUCCUCCAGAGUAUCCUCACCGGCAUCGUCGUCAGCUCCAAGUCUCUACAGCUCACCAUCAUCUCGCAGUUCAUCAUCCACAGUGCAUGUUACCCUCUCGCAUCUUUUCAGUUCUUUAUCUACGCCUCGUACUUUGCUGCCAUUUCCCUGCUGUUCACGGUCAGAGGUGUGCACACUCUCCUCCACACCAAGUGUUCCGCUAGAGGCGACCAGGCAGAGAGAGCCACCAACCUGCCAGAGGCCCCGAGCCUUUGAAGACCACCACUUUCUCUGAUCAAAUCUGUUGUAAUUUAUUUCAGCAGCAGAUGUUUGGAGGUUAUUAUUGUGUCUGCAUCAAGCUUUUCAAUGUGGUUGAGUUAUCAGUCUGUUAUCAUCAGGCGGUAACUUAUCGAGUCUGCCGACUGAAUGAAUGAAGAAGCAGUCCUUAAAUGUGGCCACCAGAGGGAACUACCUGCACAAUUUAAAAUAAUAAUAACUGAGGUGGUUUCAUCUUAUUCUGGAUGUACACUACCGUUCAAAAGUUUGGGGUCAUCCAGACAAUUUCGUGUCUUCCAUGAAAACUCACUUUUAUUUAUCAAAUGAAUUGAAAAUUGAAUAGAAAAUAUAGUCAAGACAUUGACAAGGUUAGAAAUAAUGAUUAAUAUUUGAAGUAUUAAUGUUGUUCUUCAAGCUCAAAGGAAGGCCAGUUGUAUAGCUUAUAUCACCAGCAUAACUGUUUUCAGCUGUGCUAACAUAAUUGCACAAGGGUUUUCUAAUCAGACAUUAGUCUUCUAAGGCGAUUAGCAAACACAAUGUACCAUUAGAACACUGGAGUGAUAGUUGAUGGAAAUGGGCCUCUAUACACCUCUGGAGAUAUUUCAUUAGAAACCAGACGUUUCCACCUAGAAUAGUCAUUUACCACAUUAACAAUGUAUAGUGUGUAUUUUUGAUUAAUGUUAUCUUUAUUGAAAAAACAGUGCUUUUCUUUGAAAAAUAAAGACAUUUCUAAGUGACCCCAACAUUUUGAACGGUAGUAUACGUGUUUUAAAAGUAAAUGUACCUUGUAUGCUAGAAUGUGUGAAUUAUAAAGUUAUGGAUGUUCAAAGCAAUGAAUCUCAGUCGUCCUUCCAGUUGGGGUGCUGGCAUGUUGAAAUCUAUAUUUAUAUUGUAUAUUGUUUCCAUAUGUAUAUGUCAAUACAUGCCUGAUCCACCAUGA